AUGGCCACAUCCUCCCUUUCAGCGAUCUUGAAGAAGACAACUCUCGACGAUCACGAACAGAUACUAGAAGUCAGCAACAAGACUCUCAAGUCGUCAAAAUCCGAUAUUGAAGCCCAACAUGUCAAGGUGGUCGCUCUUCUCAAACUUGACCGAUACGAUGAAGCUGUCAAAUUCGUUGAAGAAGCGGGAGAUUCAUUAAAGAAGAGGGCGGAGCUGGAAUAUGCAUACGCCUUGUACAAGACAGGCAGGCUAGGGGACGCCUUGGAGAUCGCUUCCAGCUUGAAGGGAAGAGGGGCACAACAUCUUGAAGCGCAGUCCAGAUAUCGACUUGAGGACCCGUCACGAACAGCGGAGCUGUAUAAGCAGCUGAGGAGUGGGAACCCCGAGUCUGAGGACUACGAUUUGCGUGUCAACCAAAUUGCCAUCAACGCCCAGGCUGAAUGGCUUGGUGUUGUAGACCCGAGAAGAACGCGCAGGACCGAACGCGAGGAUCUGGCAACAUUCGAAACAGCAUACAACGUGGCAUGCGGUAGCAUCGCAAAAGGAGAAUAUGCGCAGGCCGAAUUUCUGCUGAAGCGAGCAGAAGAACUCUGUAAGCAGUCUGAAGAUCUGACUGAUCAACAGAAAGCCGACGAGCUUGUACCGAUACGGGCACAGCAGCUGUACGUUCUCCUUUGUCUUGGGAAGACGGCCGAAGCCGAAGGACUUGCGGCCGAGAUCAAGCUCGAAGAGACUUCCGACCUCUCAACCCGAAAAAUCACUGAGGUCAACAAGCUAUUGGCAGCCUCGCUCUUAAACCCCUUUGUCGCUCACAAAACAUUCCAUUCGACCACCACGAUCCCUCCAGAGGAUAAGCUGUUCUCAUAUCAAAGUGUGCCUUUAGACUCGGACAAAUUCACCCUUGACCUGCAAGCCUUCAAGUUCCAGGGUAUCAUAUCAUCUACCUUGAAGAUCAUCCAGAGCACUUCGGCGUCCCCCAUAUCUCCAGACAUCCUCCUCGCCUCCUUUUUCAAUGCGGCAGCACAUGCAAGGAACGCAUCGGGGAAGACAGCCAUCCGCAGUAUAUUGCCGGAGCUUGAGAAAAGACCAAAUGACGUCGGGUUGGUUCUCAGCCUGGUCCAAUUGUAUGUCCUGGGCGGUAAUAUCACGUCCGCGGUUGAACUGGUCGAAUCCUUUUUCAAACGUUUGGAAGAGUCCAUGCUUGAGUCCGAGCAAGACAUCAGAUUCAAUCCUGUCCUUGUCAGUCUCCUGAUUGCGCUAUACAAGAAGCGUGGUCAGAAGGCACUUAUCAAGACAGAGCUCGCGAAAGUCGCGGCAUUUUGGAGGACACGGCCGAAUCCGCCCACGAGCCUACUGGCGGCGGCGGGUAUCUCACUGUUGAAGUCCCAAAACGAGGACGAUGUCAAAUCUGCAGCGGACAUAUUCAGCAAGCUGCUCGAACAGCUACCCAACGACAAAGCCACCAUAGCAGGAUAUGUUGCAUCUCAUGCCCUCAACAGCGGCUCCCCAGUCGCAACGUAUGUCGAAAAGCUGACACCCACGUCCGAACUCACACGUACUGUUGACGUGGACGGGCUAGAGUCUGCAGGCAUACCACAGUCGUCAAAUGCCCUCGCAAUAGCGCAAUCAGUGCAGACGAAGAAGCGGGCUGCUCCUGACGCUGGCAGUGCCGCCCACAAGCGAAUCCGCAAGUCGAGGCUCCCAAAGGAUUACGACAAAGACAAGAAGCCGGACCCGGAGCGAUGGCUUCCACUCAAAGAUAGGAGUUAUUACCGAGCGCCCAAGGGCAAGAAGAAGGGCAGACGAGGUGGCGAUGACAGAACACAGGGUGGAGCGGUCAACGAGGAUUUGAACGUUGAGUCUAAAUCUGCACCGGCUCCCGUCGCUGCGGGUUCGGGUCCUGGAAACAAGAAGAAGAAGGGCAAGGGCAAGAAGUGA